UAUUUUUACAGAAAAAUCUUUUGGUUUGUUCCGUGCAAAUUUAAUUAAUAGAAGAUAAUUGCAGAGUUGAUUGACAGGCGCAGUGUAAUAGUAGUAUAGUACAGACAGUUAGUAGACAGUAAACAUGGUGAAUCCAGCAGAGUAUACUUAUUUUAAUGAAGUACAAAAACGCAGCGUAUCAAUAGCAAUAAAAGAGUUUACCAAAUACUUAAAAAAUAUGUCUGGAAUAUGUAUGGAUAUCGGUUGUGGUCCCGGAGACAUAACAAAUAAUUUGCUUUUACCAUCUCUGGAUUCAAAUGCUGUAAUAAUUGGUACGGAUAUUAACGUGAACAUGAUUAAAUAUGCGACGGAAACGUAUUACAAUACACGUCUCAAAUUCGAAGUAUUGGAUAUUCAAACUAAAAACUUGCCAGAAAAAUUUAUUUUUAAGUUUAAUCAUAUAUUUUCAUUUCAUACUUUGCACUGGUGCAAUGAUAUCAGAAAAGCAUUUGAGAAUAUUUACCGCAUGCUUCAAUCUGGUGGAACUAUCUUCAUAUUUUUUCCAGCAUCUCAUAAUACGAUAUUUGAAGUGUUUAAGAAUAUUGCGCAAGAUUCUCGUUUUGCGUCUUAUUUACAGAAUCCAAAUAAAUUACCGUUUUAUAAUUCAGUCGCAUCUGAUGAAGAGCUAAAAGAUUUACUUGAAAGUGUCGGCUUUAACAUUCAACAUUGCAGUAUUCAGGAGACAGAUUGUUCCGAGAUAAAUGAGGAUAGUUUUCUAUCUUCGAUUAUGUCCAUUUCUAACUUUUUGGACAUGAUGUCUCCUAAAGAAAAAGAAGAAUUCAUAGUUGAAUUUCGACAUGAAUACAAGAAUUGCAAAUUGUACGGCAAUAAUAAACAUGAUGAUAAGAAAGCAUCAAUAUUAGACACACACAAAUUUUUGGUAGCUUAUGCACAAAAAGGUGAAUAAUAAUUAACAGUAUAUUACAUUUUA